GUUUCGAGUAAUCCAUUCGGGAACGGGAGCUAAUCAGAAAUAGUGAAGCGCGGCCACCGGUAAACGCUUUCUUCGUCGGCCUAAAACCCUAGACGCUAAACAGAGAACAAGACUCCAACCAGUGCUGUGAUUCUUCGACAGGAUGAAGGCACUCUCCGAGCUUAACGACGACAUUGUUCGUAGCAUGACAGUAGGAGCCGUCUUCUCUGAUUUUGGUGGAAAGAUAAGUUCGCUUGAUUUUCAUCGGACUGCUGAUCUAUUGAUAACUGCAAGCGAGGAUGAUUCUGUUAGACUUUUUGACAUUGCAAAUGCCAAACUCUUGAAGACCACAUAUCAUAAGCAGCAUGGAGCUGAUCAAGUAUGCUUUACACAUCACCCUAGCUCUGUUAUAUGCUCUUCAAGACACAAUAUUGACACCCAUGAAGAAUCAUUGCGAUACCUAUCCAUGUAUGAUAAUCGGUGCCUCCGUUACUUUAAGGGACAUAAAGAGAGGGUUGUGUCACUGUGCAUGUCUCCCGUUAAUGAUAGCUUUAUGUCUGGUUCUCUUGACCACUCUGUCAGAAUAUGGGAUCUCCGUGUAAAUGCUUGCCAGGGGAUUAUGCAUCUACGAGGCAGGCCGACUGUUGCUUAUGACCAGCAAGGUCUUGUAUUUGCAGUAGCAAUGGAAGGUGGCGCCAUCAAAUUGUUUGAUUCUAGAUCAUAUGAUAAGGGACCCUUUGAUACAUUCCUUGUCGGCGGGGAUACUGCAGAGGUUUGUGAUAUAAAAUUCAGCAAUGAUGGCAAAUCAAUGCUUUUGAUGACUACAAGCAAUAACAUUUAUAUCCUUGAUGCUUAUUGUGGAGAGAAGCGAGGUGGAUUUAGUGUAGAUCCAUCUCCAAACACAACAGUAGAGGCAACCUUUACUCCAGAUGGACAAUACGUUUUGUCAGGCUCUGGGGAUGGCAACUUGCAUGCAUGGAACAUCAAAAACCGAAAUAAGGUGGCUUCCUGGGAUAGCUAUGUAGGUGUUGCAUCUUGUGUGAAAUGGGCUCCAAGGAGGGUAAUGUUUGCAGCUGCAUCUUCCGUUCUUACCCUUUGGAUACCUGAUUAUUCAAAGCGACCUACUGAUUCUGGCACAGCUCAUCCUGAAACCGCAGCACAUACUGAAGAAAUCAUUCAAUGAAGUGCUGACCAUUCAUUCAAUUUUCCUUCCUAGUAAAGUUUUAUGCUUUUCCCAUCUUAAGGGCACACAAAUUUAAGCUGCUAUAGGCAAUGUAUCUUCUCCCAAAUUGAUCAGCAAGCAACAAAUUGAGCUUACUAUAGUUUGAUAACAUGAAUGUGCCUUGGUGGACUACAUGAGAGAAACCAAAAGUCCAUAACCUGAAUGCACCUUGAAGUGAAAGCCAGAGACUGCAAGGUCACCAGAACUGGACUAAAGAGCAGAAAAAGCGGUGUGAGUACACCCACCUGGGGAGCUAGAGCCCAUCAAGAUAAAAAUCUCUCUCGCAUUACUUUGUUUAUUAUUGUGCUACUAGCCCCAUUCUUGAAUUUACACAAACACACUUCGUCUACACUUAAUUUUAUUUCUAACUCUUUUAAUUUUUUUUUUUUUUAAAGUCUAUUCAAUACCUCCUAGAUUUAUCUUGUC